GUAAGUUGUAAGUUGUAUUCCCGGCCCAAACAAACACACAGCCCUAAGGCCCCUAACGAACACACCCCACACUCCACCGUCGAAAAACACAGAAGCGGCGAAGCAAUCAAACAUGGCGAUGUGGCUGAGGGAAGGCGUGGGAGGCUUAAAAACCCAACUGGUUCGCCAUUUCUCCCGGAAAUGCGCACCCAAUUUGAGAAAAAUAAACCCCAGAGUGCCGCCCCAAGAGGCUAAUUCCAUUGCUGAAGGUCUUUAUCAGGUCAUCAAGGACCACGGCCCUCUCACUGUUCCCAAUACCUGGAAUCAAGUCAAGUGUAUAUGUACUCUGGUACAAUUAAUGGACGCUAACUCGUGGUAUGAACCUAUCCCUACAAAUUGGAAAUCUAUGACAGAUCUUAUCAUCUACUCUUUACCAAUAACAAUGCGAAACGAAUGUCUAUGCAAGGAAUCUGGAAUCAGUGGAUUGAGCAGCAAAACACACAUGAAGCUAAUGUUAAAGUGGAUGAGGGGAAGAAAGAUGCUAAAGCUGUUAUGCAACCAGGUUGGUUCCAACAAGAAAUUCCUGCACUGUACCCUUCCUGAAGACCCGGAAAAUAUCCAAUCAAAUACUAUAACAGAUCCUAAAAUACAGAGGAAGAAAAAACCUUCUGUUAGAAAACUAAAGGUGACCAAGAAAAACAGAUGAGCUGAUGAUGCAAGUAUGUGAGGAGCAUGCACCAUUUCUGUUAGAUGAUAUGGCAUGUCUUAUGUAAAACCUGUCGACUAAAUAAUCCUAGUGCUCUAUAUUGCAUCAUUUUGGUAUUAUUUUCAUUUCUAUGAAGCUUACCCGCAUCAUAGCAUCUUUUUUUAUUUGAUCUGUGUCUUUUAAACAUUCCUGGCUUAUGUGAGUUUGAGGUACAUUACUUAGCCUUGUUGUGAUAGUGGAACUUCAUUUGUGAUCUGUACCUUUAAACAAACAAGAUAUCAAGGUAGUAAUCUUUAGCUUGGAGAUUAGAAGAUGCUCCAUUUUUGUUUUGGAA